AUGGCCGAUCCACUCUCCAUCGGUCCCGACUACUUCUGGAAGAGGAGGCGAAGUCAGGAGAUGGGUCAGAGUUUUGGGGUGGGUCGGAGGUAUACUCGGGGGAGGGUCGUUGCUGUUGCACCACAGCCGGCACCAUCGCCGUUGUACCUGAAGGAUAUCGAUAGCCUAGGGAGUUUCGGAUAUGCGAAUUCGGACUCAAUCCGAAAUGCGGAUAUCAGGAAGGCUGGAAGAGGGAAGAGAGCAACAGGAUGGUGCGAUGAUAAGAUAGAUCCUAAGAUGGUGUUUUAUUGGCUUUUGUGUGCGGGGUGUGUCGGGUUAUUGGCUGUGAGGGUCGUUGCGUGGGGUCGGGCGUUGGGGAUUUGGCCGGUGGAGAGUGGGUUUGGGCUUGGGUUUGGCUUUGGGGGGUGGGUGAAGGGAGUAAAGUGGGCGAAGUGGGAGAACGGGUGGAAUUGGGAGGAUGAGGUGCGGAGGGUGGGGGAGAUGGUAUCGAUAUGGACAGGGAUAGGAAGAAUCAGAUGGGAGGAGUGGGUGGGGUGGGGGAGGGAGUUUGGACUUGAAGGUGUUUGGCGGCGGUAUUGUGAAAGGACUCGGAGGGGGAUCAGUGUGCCGUCGGGGUGGAACUUGGAUUUUAGAGCGGUAGAGAUGCUCUGGGAGAGGAUGGGGUGGGUGGUGGAGGAGGUGAAGGGGAGGGUUGGUCGGAUUCUUGCUGGUGUAACGUAG